UUUCGAGUACAUUUACAUUCGUGAUCGAGAUCGCCGUCAGCUCUAGGACAAGAUAGGCAUCGCUGCCAUUGUAUAUUUACGCUUUCAAUAAGGCAACUACUUGAAUAUAAGCUUUAAGCUCACCAUAUCACUAUUUUCCAGUCAAACAUCAUCAAUUUGUUUACCGCCUGAAGGCCAGAGUUAGCUUCGAGUCUCGCCUUAUGCCGGUCGUCAAUGUAUCAUUUUACGUAAGCUAUUUUUUCCGGGAAAACCCCGAAAACUAGACGCUACGAAACCAUUUUAUCAAAUCUAGUCGACACUUCCGGUACAAACCUAAAACGCCCAGGAGUAUAAAGACAUAAAGCUUUCGCUUUUCGUUUGUUCAGUGUGGAGUUUUUGCUGUGAAGUGUAAAUCAACUGCGCAAGCAAUGGUAUUCAACAGAUUUUUCUCCGUAUUUGCAACUGAGCUAAAAGGCUUCUUCAAAAACUCGAGAACCACGCUCAAGAAUGUAUUGGUACUAGUUCUGGUGUUCGGAAUGGAACAGAUUUUCGAAAAGGAUGUCUUCGAGUGUCCUUCAUCGAAGUAUUUCAUGUACGGAAACAUGUUUCUAUUCGGCCCAGCUAUCUGCCUUCUAAGUCUAACACUUCUGCUGAAUGCAACUUUCUGGGAAGUUGUUACGGGUUGUUGGGCAGCGCAUUUCAGUAAGCGAUGGGUGACGAAAAAUCUGGUCAGGAUUCUCUUUCAAGCGCUUCUCCCGCCUGGAGUAUGGAUCGUGGUUGCGCUGAUACGCUCCAACUACUACAUCUGCCUCAAACUCGGCCCGAAAGAACUUGCUCUAGAUAGAGCUCUACGCGCUAGGAAUGGGAGCACAGUGGCUCAAGUCAAAGAGAAAGUGGAUGAGACAUUCCUCAACGCGAUGGCAGAAUCGCAUAUGCUGGCGUGGAUCCUAUUUGACUCACUUGUAGUGUUGGCGUUUAUUGUGGUAUGCUUUCGGAGAUGCUGGUGUAUGCGAGCGGAGGGAAGUCUGCCGGAGCUCGAUCAUUAUGAUAAGCUAGAGGCAGAAGCUGCGGCAGGGGAAUUCAAGAUUUUGUUGGAGCAACGCGCGGAGAAGGCAGGCAAGAGUAACGUCCAUGAUGAGUUUGAGAACGCAAAAACUCUCACAUCUAACGAGUAUAGACAGUUGGAGAUGGUGCGAGAAAAACUACAGUGGAAUUAUCCGCGUAUCGCAGGGGAUCUCAGCAAACCUUACAGACUUCACAUGUUAUACAACACAUCGAAAGCUAUCAGUGAGUUCAGUAAUGGAGAUCCAUCCCAAAGCAAAGUCAAGCUCACUAAUGGAGGUGUGGCUUGUCAGAACAAAACCUCAACACGCCCUGUAAUCAUUCUGGGAGGGGUAGGUGGGAAUAUAAUAUCAUCUCAACGAUAUAAUAACCCUCCCCUCCCUGCCGACCACCGUCACGUCUUGGCUGAGGUAAAAGAUACCUCGUCUCUCGCGUGUCCAGUCAAUCCUGCUGAUUCAUCACGAAUAGGCUUGGGAACGAGGUUUUGUUAUCAGCUUCCAUGGCAACGUCAUUUUGAUUAACAGGGUACGGUUCAUAGUGCUGUACCUUAUCAUAUUUGGUCAUAAAUCUUCCUUUUUCAGUAAUUUGUCGCAUACCGUGGAAGAGGCAUCAGCUUGAUCAAUUAUUGUCUGCAACAGGGAAACAAAUCUUAGCAUUAUAAGAAAAGCCAGAGGGAGUAAGUAAGAUAAGAAAAAAAUCAAUCUGAACAUUUUUAUGCUAAAUUUUCCGGCUUUUUGCUAAACGUGUAUUCACGAUUAUAAAACACCAUGAAUAUCGAAA